AUGUCGCAAAUCGUAUACUUGGACGAGAAGAAAACGAGGGGGAGGUAUACCUACCCGAAUGGAAACGUGUACAUCGGCGAAUUUAAGAAUGAGAAGUUUCAUGGACAAGGUACCUUAGCCUUUAAAGACAAGGGGGAAUACAGAGGGACCUGGGCUAACGGAAAACUUGUCCGGGGCCAGUACUACUAUAGCGACGGAUUGGAGUAUGAGGAGAGGUGGAAAUACCUCGUGGACUCUCCCUAUUUUUUCAACGAAGAAAUUAACAAGGACGAAAUUAUUUUAAAAGAAGAAAAAACGAAUGCCUUCUUGGAUGAUAUUUACGACAUUGGCGACGGGUACUGCAAAGUUAAGGAGAGUCUCGUGUACAGGUUUUCAGAUGACAAGCUAGUCAGGCAGGUGAACGCGCGGGAGAAGAGCUGGAUCGAAAACCACUGCUCGAAGUGUUAG